UCUUACUGUCUGGGAGGCCUGAGGGAAGUGUCGAGAUUCAGCCACAGCCGCUCGAGCUUGGAAUUAGUAUAUGCAUGCUGAGACAGCAUGUGGGCUGAGCGCAGCAGUGCCCAUCUCACCAUCUAUAUUCUGCCGCUACCGUGAAGAUUGUAAUCAAGGGAUCACCGGGAUAUAAAAGCUCGCUAAUCCUCAUCCUGAAUAUAAUCGUCCUCAACAAUCCAACUCAAUUGUCAACCACUCAAUCACUAAACUACUCCUGACUCUCCAUAAUCUACUUCCUCUUCAUUUGAUAGACUCAAUCAUCGAACAAGAUGAAGGCCACCACUAUCGGCACCCUCCUCCUGGCUGCCGGCACCGCGCUGGCCGUGCCUGGCAAGCGAGCCCAGAAAGCUGUCGCCAUCAGCGGCUUUUCUGCCUCUCAGAACGACCAGCAGGGAUUUGUCACCUUCAGCUUCAGUGACCCUAACUACAACAAGGCACCUAUCGAUGCCAACGUGCUCUGGGAACGUCCCGGAAACCCUCCCUCAAACGCUCGCACCAGCGACGGUGCGUAUUUGGUCCAGUUCCCAGACGGCGUGGACGACAUCUCCACCUUCACCUUGCAGGUGCAGCGGGAAAACAGCACCUCGAAAGUCUCUCUUACCGUUGAUGAUGCCGCCGAGGACACCAACUGGAAUUGUUCCAAUGUGAAUGGCACCGAUAAUGGAAAGAAGUGCCACUUCAAUGGAAACAUCGUCUUCACCCCUCCUUCUCCUUCUUCGUCUCCUUCUGCUUCUCCCUCGGCUUCUCCCUCUCCCUCUGCCUCCUCUUCGUCUACGCCUUCCGCUGAGCCUUCUUCUUAAGCUCCACUAGCAUUUUGAUGGCGAUCGGGAUAAGGCUAGACAUGGGAAUCGAAGAUGUGGAAAGUUGUUUCUUUUCAAGUUUUGAAAUUUGCGUUUUGCGUUUUGUCUGUUUGAUAAAGUAGAUACCGCACGGGCAUCAGCAUGGUGGCUG